GCAGUCAGGUUGGACAUGGACCUGGACGUUGAAAUCGACCUCAAGGCCAAAAUACGUGGAGACCUCGAGCUGUCUAUAUUGGACUCGGAGCAAACGCCGCGGUGAAUGGCGCGCAAGGGACCGGAUGCCAUGCUGAAUCCUUUUGGAAGAUCCUUCAACCACCCAUACGCCCUUCGAUCUGCUUGCAUUUUGCGGGCGAAGCAAGCAGCAAUCAACAUUUAUCUACAUUCUAGAACACCUCUACCAUUUGCCAGAAAAAUCGCGCCGUACAGUACAGUAAAGAUCGGUCAUCUUGACUUGAGCAUCAACUCGUUCAACAUGCCCUCAUCCCGCCGCCGCAAGUCCCCCGCCCGCUCUUCAGGAGUGGCACCCGAGAUCCUACACCAGCUCGGUCGAUUAGCCCUCUCCUACUCCCUCAAAAAGCUGAGCGAACCGAGGGCGCAGGCGCGGCAGCGCGACCAAAGCGCCCGUCAAAGAUCAAGACACAGUAAGACGCGAAACGGCUCUUCUGCAAGCAAACGAGGAAGCAGCAGCCGCGACAUGCCGCGAAGCGACAGCAGCAGCAGCAGUGACGACCUGCACGGGUUGGUAAGUCAGCUGGCCGUUGGCGCGGUGGCCUUCGGCAUCCGGCAGGUUGUGCGUCGGAGACGGGAGGCGAAGAGGCAGGCCGCCGCGGCCGCGCAAGCUACCGCGGCAGAACGAAGCGCCACCAGCGGACCCGACGCUGCAAUCGACGGGGAGCUAUCCGCCGCGCUGGACGCCGUCACGCGAGAGCUACAGGGCGCGUGUGAGUCGAUCCGGCGGCUGGCGUACAGCGCGCCGCCGUCGCACCGGAACUGCGAGGUGAGGGACGCGCUGGCGGCGGAUGCGGAGCGCCUGAGCGGCUCGCUUGCGAACAUGCAGGCGAGUAUUCAUAAUAUGAGGAAUCUGCAUCCGCGGUUGGAUGGGGCGAAAUCUGUCGUGAGGGGGCGGAGUCGACGAGAGAGGGGUGAAGCUGUGGAUCGAGAUAGGGAGGUCAGCAUGGCUGCGACCGGGGAGAGGGAGGCGCGGAGAGGGGGCAGGAGGAGCGGGAAAGAUAGGAGGGAAGACUCACGGGGCGUGCGAGGACGUGGUGUGCAGCGAGGCAUCGACCGACUCCAUGAUCAGCGCAGACGUAGUAGCUAUUCGAGUAGAUGAGAGGAAGGAACUCAAAGGAGGCCCAUUUCCGGCCUUCAGGUAGUGGAUCAAUGCAGUGAUGACCCAGAUGCAUCUACAAUCUAGUACUGAUCAUGCGUUUGAGGAAGGCGCGACCUUGGGGUACCAAGU